ACACCUGGACGAGGUCGCAGUGACAUCGGCCGCGGGACCACCAUGGGCACCGUGCUGAGCUUCUCUCCGAGAGACCGCAAGCCGCAGAGCUACAGCGAGUACAACCUGUACAGCUACGAGCAGCUCAACAACGCCAAGAACAGUCAGCACUCCGCCAAGAUGGGCCACCACCAGGACAGGAUGGCGGCGCCGCCGGCGUCUCAAACGCAGCCGCCCAACGCCGGCGGAGGCCACAACCACCAUCAUUACCACCACGGUCACCACCACGGCAACAAUCACAACAACAAUAAUAACAAUAACAACAACAACCAGAACCACCAUGGCGGCAACCACUUGAAGAAGCACACUCUGUUCAUCAACGCUCUGAGCUGGAAGCACUUUAACGUCUCAACCAAGAAGAAGGCAGAAAAGACCAAGUCAGCGGCCGCGCAGCGCCAGCCCUUGGAACCCGUCGAUCCAAACAAGAACGUACACAAGUCCCUUUCCUGCUACAACCUUGGCCUCGACAUCGUGGGCUCGGGCCGCGGGCUCGUCGACCGGCCGCCAACUAGUGCCAAGCCGGCCCCGCCUCCCCUGCCACCGAAGCCAGCCGUGGUAAGGCCGGCUCCCCCCAAACCGGCCGGAUCUCAGCAGCUAACGGCCGGUGGUAGCCCUCAGCGCAAGACAGUCAUCCAAGCCUCAACGUCAGAGCUGCUCCGCUGCCUGGGCGAGUUCCUUGGGCAGCGCUGCAAGCGGCUGCGCGACUUCCAGCCAGGAGACGCGGUUCUCUGGCUGCGAACCGUGGACAGGUCGCUGCUGCUGCAGGGCUGGCAGGACAUCGCCUUCAUCAACCCUGCAAACGUGGUCUUCCUGUACAUGCUUGUGCGCGAGCUCGUCGACGAGGAUGUGACCAGCGAGCGUGAGCUGCAGGCCGUCGUGCUGACGUGCCUCUACCUGUCGUACGCGUAUAUGGGCAACGAGAUAUCGUAUCCACUCAAGCCCUUCCUUGUUGACGAGAACCGGGACAAAUUCUGGGACCGCUGCCUUCUGAUCAUCGAGAGCCUGAGCUCCAGCAUGCUGCGCAUCAACAGCGAGCCGGGCUUCUUCACCGAAGUCUUCAGUGAGCUCAAGGCGUGUGCACCCCAGCCGGCGACGUCGACGGCAGCCACAGCGCGCGUCUGUUGAAGACCGCCCACGGCCCCGCCAUUGACGGGGCUUCUUCACUCUAGUAUCAAGGUUUCGCCAAAUAAGGUCCUCUCCGAGCGGCAGAGGGAGAGGCCAGCACCCGUCCUUCUGUCCAAGCCGUCACCUCAGCGCCGUGAUGACUCCGGUGUACGCUGUGUCAACGUGGUGUUGCCCUUCAUUUUUCGGCGCACGUUGAUCAAAAGCUCUUUGUCCUUGUUACUGCUUCUUUUUCCGUCACCUUCCUAUCUUCAACUUUGAAGACAAGUACGGUUUAAGAGUGAUGAGCUUGGACCCAAGUUUGUGAUUUGAUUUGACCGCUUAUGGGAGUACAAGGAAGAAAGUGACGCCGUAGCGGGUCACCU